UGUGGGGCAGGGGAGGUGUGUUCAGGCUCCAGGCAGUGCUUACCUCAAGCAGCUCCUGGAAGCAGCAUCAUGUCCCUCCUCUGGCUCCUACUCGAGCUGCCCCGUCUGCAGGGCUCUGAGCCGCGGAGUCAGUGCUCGGGGAGGGGGAACGGAGGCAGCGUGCAGAGCCCCCUGGCCGAGCCUCCGCCAGCAACAGCAGGGAAGGGGAGCCGCUUGUGGGGAGCUGCCUGGGAGCAGCCCCCAGAGACCUCAAAAUUUUGACUGUGGACACUUUGCCAACACAUUACCGCCCUCUGCCUAUGUGCACAUCUCAUGGGUUUUGCUAAAGUUCAUUAAGUGUUUUAGGGAAAAGUGUCAGAGCGGCCACCAGCCAGAGCUGCUGGCCGCACUCUGAGGCCACCAAAAAUGUGGCUGUGAGAACCCCUGGGCUCGAUGCUCACGACGGGCCCUUCUGACCUUAGAGCCUGGGAGUGUAACAGGAGCCGGGCACAGGGAUGCUGCAGCGCGGUGGGUUGAUCGCUAGGACCCAGGAGCGGCUGGGGGGGGCUCUGGGGGGAGGAUCGCGGGGCUCAGGCCCGGCCCCAGGAAGUGACUCGCAGCCGCUGCAGCGAUUCAGGCUCCCGGCGAGAUCCCCGCGCCCCGGCGGCUGGUGCUGGGAGCCCGGAGCCCGGGCUGCAGCCGGGAGAGGGGAACCUCCAGCCGGGCCCUGCCCGCUGCUCCCCGGGAGCCUCUCCCAGGGCAGAGCCCCCAGCCCGGCCAGGGCCCCUUCCCGGCCCGGCCCCUGCCCCGGGGGGCCCCGCUCGGAGGGAAGGCUGAGGAAUCACGUCCAGAUUUCGCUGCAGAUCGUCCCGUCUUCCAGGGUACAGGGAAUGGAAAUGGUUGUGAUGGAGCCAGCUCAGAUGCUGGUGACCUUCGAGGAGGUGGCUGUGUAUUUCACGCAGGGGCAGGGGGCUCUGCUGGACCCCGCUCAGAGAGCCCUCUACAGGGACGUCAUGCAGGAGAACUACGAGACAGUGACCUCGCUGGGAUUUCCCUUUCCCAAACCUGACCUGAUUGCCCGGCUGGAACGAGGGGAAGGGCCUUGGGUCCCAGAUCUCCAGGCCUGUGAUGAAAGAGAGAUCCAGAGAGGCACCUGCACAGGUGAUGUGACAAUGAGUGAGAAGGAGGAAGGGAAUCAUCAUGAGGAAGUCCCUGGGAAAGUGGAACCACAGGGGACCUUUGUGGGAAGAGCUGAAGGGAAUUUUUCCCAGUGCUGGGAACAGGGAGAAGCCUGGGGAAAUUGGCACAGGUCAGAGAGGCUGUUGGGAUACCACUCAAAGAAGAAAGUGGAUGAAUCUAUUAAAUGUGGGGGAGGAGACAAGGAUCCCACAGCCCAGCAGACAAAUCCCAAGGAAGAGAAACCCUACCACUGUCUCCAGUGUGGAAAAGGAUUCAUUCUGAGAUUACACCUUGUGAUACAUCAGACAAUCCAUACUGGAGAGAAAUCCCUUCAAUGCUUGGACUGUGGGGAAAGCUUCAAUAACUGCUCAGAUCUUAAUAACCAUGGGAGAAGCCACACGGUUGAGAAUCCCUAUCAAUGCCUCGAGUGCAGGAAACGUUUCAGUGGGGAGUCAGCAGUAAUUAUGCAUCAGAGAAUCCACACAGGAGGGAAACCCCAUAAGUGCUUGGACUGUGGGAAAGAUUUCACACGGAGAUCAGGCCUUAUUACACAUCAGGCAAUCCACACCGGAGAGAGACCCCAUAAGUGCUUGGACUGUGGAAAAAGUUUCACAUGGAGAUCAGGCCUUGUUACACAUCAGGCAGUCCACACCGGAGAGAGGCCCCACAAGUGCUUGGACUGUGGGAAAAGUUUCAUGCAGAAAUCACACCUUAUUAGACAUCAGACAGUCCACACAGGAGAGAGAGCAUAUAAAUGCUUGGUGUGUGGGAAAAGCUUCAGUAACAGCACAAACCUUACUAACCAUCGGAGAAUCCACAGAGGAGAGAGACCCUAUAAAUGCCUCUACUGCGGGAAUGGUUUCCGUUGGAAGUCAGCCCUUAUAAUACAUCAGAGAAUCCACACAGGAGAGAGACCCCAUAAGUGCUUGGUCUGUGGGAAAAGUUUCACACAGCGAUCAGCACUUGUUACACAUCAGACAGUCCACACAGGAGAGGGACGCUAUACAUGCUUGGAGUGUGGGAAAAGUUUCCUUUGGAAGUCAGGCCUUAUAACACAUCAGAGAAUCCACACAGGAGAGAGAUCCCAUAACUGCUUGGACUGUGGGAAAAAUUUCAUACAGAGAUCAUCCCUUACAAGGCAUCAGAGAAUACACCGAGGAGACAGACCCUAUAAAUGCCUCGAGUGUGGGAACUCCUUCAGUUGGAAGUCCGAUCUUAUCACACAUCAGAGAAUCCACACAGGAGAGAGACCCCAUAAGUGCUUGGAUUGUGGGAAAAACUUUAGGUGCAGCUCACAACUCACUCAACAUCAGAGAACCCACACGGGAGAAAGACCCUAUAAAUGCCUUGAGUGUGGGAAAAGUUUCAUUGGGAGUUCUCAUCUUGUUGCACAUCACAGAAUUCACACUGGAGACAAACCUCAGAAAUGCCUCAACUGUGGGAAAUGUUUCAGGUGGAAGUCUGCCCUUAUAACACAUCAGAGGAUCCACACAGGAGAAAGACCUCAUAAGUGCUUGGACUGUGGGAAAAGUUUCACAAACAGAUCAGCCCUUGUUUUACAUCAGAGAAUCCACACAGGAGAGAGACCCCAUAAGUGCUUGGACUGUGGGAAAAGUUUCACACAAAGAUCAUGCCUGAUAACACAUCAGGUAACCCACACGGGAGAAAGACCCCAUAAGUGCUUAGACUGUGGAAAAAGUUUCACACAGAGAUCAAACCUCAUUAAACAUGGGAGAAUCCACAAAGGUGUGAGAUUCAAUCUGAGCUCACACAUUAGUGAUCCACACAAAAGAGAGAGCUUGAAUGUGAGGGAUGGUUCAUUUGGUGCUCCCGGAGUAUCAGGCACCCGCAAAUCUACAUAGGGAAGAAACCUCUGAGAUGUUCUCAGUGUGGAAAAUGCUCCAAGUGGAGCUAAGACAAUGUUGGACAUGAGAGACUCCUGCACACAGCACGGAAAUUUUCUCAGGGCUCUGACUAAGCCAUAGUAAUCAAUUUCCUCAUUCCCAGACACAUCAGGGGCAUUUGGCUCCCAAGGACCCAGCUGCCCAUCACUGGGGUGAGGAUCCAGCAGCAGCUGAUCAUCAGCUAGUCAGUGACCCUCUGGCUCUGCUUGGUCUAAGCAAACCCCAGGAAGAGAGGGAGAAGCCCCGAUCAGCCCCUUCUCCCUGCUACAGCCCUGGCUGCUGAGCUGAUGGGCCAUGGGGGAAAGGAAAGAGAGAAACUCCUCCAGCUGCUCCGUCUGCCUGGCUGAAGUUCCCACCUCUCCCUUCCCCUCCCAGCCGGGAUCCCCCUGCCACGGAGAUGAGGAGAAGGACACUUGGGCCAGACCCCACCUUCACUCUACACACCCUUCCCCACCCCCCAUCUUCCACCACCCCUUGGGCUGGGCUCCCCCACUUACCUGGAACUGUCUCCUGCAGGGGUAGUGUCCCUGGGGCUGGUUACUCCUCCCCUCCCUGAAUCCCCCAGGGCACUGGGCUCUGGGGGAUCAAAUAUUGAGGGACCAGGCUGAUGGGUUCUGGGGAGGACACUGAGGAUUGAAUGGUUGGGGCUGGGGGAGCUGGGAAGCAGGGGGAGCUGGGUGCUGGGGCUAUCGAGUGUUUGGGGAUGAUGGGAUAAGAGGCGAGGGAGAGCACAGGGGUAGCGAGGUGCUACCUCUCGUCGCUCUUCCCUUCUGCCCCUUCUCCCUGCCCCCGCUGCAUUCAGACAGCAGCACUGGGAGGGGCUGAUUUCCACAGGGCCCUUUGUGGGAGGCCUGGAGUUCCCACCUCUGCCUUCGCAGCAUCAGCCUCUGAACGUCUGUCUAUGGUAGGAAAAUUGUUGGAAUUACCUAGCACGUCUCCCCUGACUCUCCAACACUCUUUCUAGUCACACUGACCCUGAAGUAUAUUAUCUAGUCUGAUCCUCGCCAUGAGCAGAGUGAUCGUUAGUCCCUGAGUUCCCGCUUUGGGGCCGGAUUGUCUCAUUCCCAGCCAGUCUCACAUUACUCCAGGCCGUGCUGAAAAGCAUUGAGUGUUUGUAUAUUUUUCUCCCUUAGGGAGCAGAACUAAACAGAUGCUAAAAAAGUGGGGGCAGGGAUAGCAAAAUAUCGUGUUUUAGCUUCUGUGCUAUUCCAGGGCAAUAGGGUGAGUCCAAGGGUUUCUCUCCUUCCCCCAUCACUGUCAUGUUCCACUCUCGACACAGCAGCCUCUGUUCCAGCAAUGGAGAGUUUUAUCCUGUCCCCGUUCUACCCCUCUGCCUCCUAAGGUAUCAUUUACCACCGUGUCCCUGGCUCUAGAUGCUUAAAAAUCAGUUUUGAUUUCUAUGAUCCUCCGUGAGACUUCGGAGGGCUGGAGAAGAAAGUGUCACAGACCUCCGAGGGAGGGGAAAGGAGGAAUCCCAAAGAACCUCAAAGCACAGUUUGACCUUUCUGAUCUGUUUCCAUCUAUUGGUGAAAUUGCUUCCAGACUUUUUCUGGGCUAGUCCAGACCAUUUGUAGAUGGGAAGUUUUUUUGCCUUUGUUUUCUUUUCUUUCUUUUAUUAUGAUGAUGCUAAAACUUUUGUAGCUAAUACAACCAAAUUAUUAGGCAAGAAGUGAAGUUGGUUUAGCCAUUUCAGAAGAAAAUGGCUAUAUUUAUUUUCCUGAUUUUGAGUCUUCAGAUUCUCUGAGAUUUCACUUUAUGAAUGUAAAAGUGUUUUAUAGCCCACCCUGGAGUGUGGGUUUUUCUCUAUUCCAGAAGGCCGUUUGGUCACAGACUUUGAUAUGAGCUUAGUUUGGAUGUAGCUCAGAUUUAUUGAGGACUUAAUGAGACAAAUAAUCAUUUGCCAGAAUAGUCCUUUUUUAUUUUAUUUUAACCGUAUUCUACCCUUUGUGAUGUGAACUUUGUUUUAUUUGAACAAUGGCAAAGGUCUGUGUGCCUCAGCACAUACACUGAGGGUGCCAUCUCGCGUCACGUCCGAGAGGCAGAGAUGGAAACGGGGAAUGAAAUCGCUGCCUGACUCCUGCAGUGACGUGACUUAGGGCCCAGCCACCCUUCAGAGGCUGCUGCGGCGGAACUGCACUGAUGCAGCUUUUGCGCUUCGAGGGGGACGCUACGUGGACCAAGGAGAGGGGUUCUCCCAUCGGCGUAGGUCACCCACCUCCCCAAGAGGGGGCAGCUACGUCGAUGGGAGAAGUCCUCCUGUUGCCAUCGUGCUGUCUACACCAGAAGUUAGGUUGGUCCAGCUGCGUCACUUGGGGGUGUGGAGUUUCACAACUGACGUAGGUUGUGAGCGCAGACCAAGCCGCAGCGUCAGGAGGAGAAGAGGGUGGGAGGUGAGAACAGAGCUGGGAAAUGGCUGGGUUUGCUCUUCAGAGCCAGACGGCUGAGGCUGAGAACUCACGGCACUAGAGCCAGAGAGACACUAGACCUGACCUGAGUGUUGUGUGAAGCUUCCCCUGCAAUCUAAAGGACCAUGAACGAAACCGCAAAAAUGAUUGGGGGAGGGGGCAGCGUCCCCCUAUUGCUGAGGUGCCGAGGUUGGGCACAGGCAAGAAGGGAGCCAGGGAUGUCAACAGACCUGGGCAGCCUUGAAACCAGGCCAACCCCUAGCAUUGAGGCCAGAGGGAGAUGAGGAGCCCUAGAGCCCUGCUAGUCACCACCUCCCCAUCUGCCGCGGUGUCCUGUGUGGGGACGAGAGAAACUGUCUCUGCCCCACUCACCCCACACUCAUCCCUCCUUUCUGAGAUCUUUGGAUUUCCUGCUCUCAGAGUGUUUCCUUUUGUGAUGGGGUCCCAGUGUCUCUCCUGGCUUCUCACCACUUUUCUAUCAUUUAUAGGUGUGGCUCUGUUUUUGGUUCUUGUGAGAGUUGGGCGUGGCAGUGUGCUGGGAUGGAACUGAAAAGUACCUCCCUGAGCUGGGCUGGGGGUGGGGAAUGGAGUCUGUCUUUGUUCGUCCUUUGGAAUAAUAAAGUAGCAUUUAGUUUCUCCCACUGCCAGUCUCCUUCGUUUUGCAUUAAAUACCCACCAGAUUCAGAGUGGAAGUUAAAAGUGAAAGCAAUGCAGAUGUGGUCUGGGAUGGGAAUGCUCAGUGAGGUCACCCAGCCAGCCUCACGCCUGCCUUGUGGCAGACUCUGUCUAACUUCCCAUAGAGAUACAACUGUCUGCAAUCUGUUGCCCCUCUCCCUGACCCCAGUACAAAUGAGGAAGAGUUUGACUGGGUUUCCGGGGUCAUUAUCUUCUCCCUCACCCUGGUGUAAACCAGAAGUAAUCCCACUGGAACCCUUUGAACUGUCUACACCAGUGUGAAGUUGUUGUGAGAGGAAAACCAGACCAUGGGCCUUUAAGUGUGUUAGCAGGAACAAUACUCACACAUAGAGAGUGGUAUUGUCACCCCAACACUUCAAAAAUCAUGAGUCAGACCCCCCAAAAUCGUGAUAUUGGCUGAAAAAUCACGCCAUUCUUACAAAAGACGAAAUCACAAUUUCUUUUGAAGCCCACCUGUUUUUUGAUCUCCUCCUGCCUACUCCCAAUGUAGUGUGACUAGGACGGCACUGCCCACCCGUGCAUAUUUAUGGAAAGGAAGUGGAUUUUGGCUCCUGCUGCAGGAGUUCUCACAAUAAUGCAAAGAUCUCGGACCUUUACGCAAUUAUGGAGCAGGGCCUGCAGGUGCCACUUCCUAUCUCUUGCCCGCCCAGGCCAUGGCAGUAACCUGUUCCCAUAGCUGCUAAAGUUUGUGCAGCUCCAUGCAGGACAUUUAGCACCCUUGUGAAAGUCACUAGUUUCCCCUAAAUGGUCCCUGGCUACCGGUUGUGAGAGGGACAACCACAGGAGGAACAUUGAAGACUCACGGAUGAGGAAGAUUUUCUCCCCCUCAAAAAGUCGAGACAUGCCCCAUACCUUUUGUGGCCCUUCUAAUGCCUCUGAUCCUGCUGAUCUCCGGCAGGAAGCCCUGACUCAGGAGUGGGGGAUGCAGAGGAAGAUGAUGGAAUCUUCACUCUGCCUUGCUCCUGGUCCGGAGCAGUAGCAAUGCCCGGAGCAGCCCUACCAUCUGCCCCGUUCUAUCUCAGACACAUGGAAAUAAAUUGGUUCGUCUCUAAGGUGCCCCAAGUACUCCUUUUCUUCUUGAAAGCAAUGGGGCCAUUAGCAGUGCAGUAGUACAAUGAAACGUGUAAGAUUUUGCAGGAUUGGGAAUUUAGUUUGCUUGGCUUGGGGGUUUCUCUCUACUGAUAUUCGGUCUGUUCCUCACACCACAACUUUCCCCAGUUUCCUUCUUCUCUGACUGCAAAGUAAUUGUUCCUAUGGAUACCAAGAUUAUUUUUAAUACGGUAGCAGCUAGAAGCUGCACCCAAGACCGAAGAUCUGUUUUGCUCAGCAUGGUAGUCUAUAUACAGAGCAUGAGAGACAGCGCCUAAGGGACAGAGCUUCUUGUCUAAAUACACAAAACAGAUAAAGUCAGGAUUCUGUAGGUACUGGGAGGGUCUCCAUGAUUAAAGCCGAGUGCUUAAAGUAGGUUUUCAACUUCCCACAUGUAAAAGAAAUACAUAAAGCAUGGGGCCAUGUUCCCAGCUGGUGUAAAUCAGCCUAGAUCCAGCAAAGUCAACACAGCUUUGCUAGGUGACAGCCAGUGAGAUUCUGGCCAUUGUUUCUGCCCUGGAAUCACAGUGUGAUUAAGUGAUUAGCUCCAUUGUUGUAGCUGGAAAUGGCUCUUCUCUGUGAUUUAGCUUCUCCAGGUUUGUGCUCUCUGGCAGCCAGAUGCUGCAUCCUUGCCCUUUGAACUGGGAUCGCCCCCAAAAUAAAGUCACACAGUCCUGUGUCUCCAGCUUUUUCCCUUUAGAUCCCACCUUUUAGGCCAUGUGCAUGCUGAGAGAAAAGAGGGUUUUUUUUAACUAAGGGUCCCCAAACAUGAGAAACAGAUCUUGUACAAGCCUGCUGGAGACAAGGUAAGUCACAGCUUCACCUUGUUGUACCUGAUCGAGAUGCACCCCACCCCAUAGUGUUCCUCUCUACCAGUUACACUGAGGUGAAACUACCAUUUGCAUUGUCUACACCAGGGUUGGUCAAUAGGUGGGCCAGGGGACAAAUCUGGAUCUCCAGACACUUUUGAACAGACUGCAAAAUCUUUUAUUAUCAUUAUUGUUAUUAUUGUUGUAUUGUUUUCUCUGGAAUGUGGACCUUGAAUAUACCCUGACCAAGAAAUUAGGACCCUGACAAAAAAAAAAAAAAUUGUCCCUGAUCUACAGUAUGAGUUUACAAUAAGAGAAAGAGAAUCAACAUCCUAGUGCAGACAAAUCCUCAGAGACCGUCUCUUGGAGCAGGUUUUGCCCUUUAACACCUCCAUGGCCACCGCAGUUAAUGCUGAUGGGCAGGAGAAAUGCAAAAUAUUUCAUAUGUCUUUACCCAGCUUUGAAUACAUUUCAAUCCACACGGGAACCAAGCUAAAGAGUCAGCACUCUAUGGCACGCAGCUGAGGAAUUCCUGAUUUAUGUGGCUACAGCCAGCACAAGAGACAGAGCACAGGCUAGCCAGUGACAUGUCAGAGUAAAACCCCAGCUCUCAUCAGAGGGACGUGCCGGCCUAUUCCCCAUUGUUGUUGUGUCCUGCUGAACAUCUAAGUUCCUAACUCCCCUCCCCAGGGAGAAGCAGAAUUAUGGUCACACCCUGGGUGAUGACCAGGUGCAGCUUGUGUGCUGGUAACAAGCUGUGGCCUGUUUGCUCUUGGUUGAAUCUCACUUGAGCUCAUCAGUAUUUUCUCCUGUCAUCACCCUGAAAGUGAAAAGGUCUAUAACACUCUAAUCACACCCGCAGCAGGUUGGAUCAUAUUAAAGAAGUUCUGUAUUAAAAUCACAAAUGAGUUUGAUUCCCCAUAGUUUAAAAUCCAGGGUACUACUAAUUAAGAGCUCUCUUGGUUUUUGGUACUGUAUCUCUCCCUCUAUGUGUGAAACUUGCAAGCUGCUAAUUGCGUUAGUACAUUCUAAGACAGAGUCUGUUCUCAAAGCAAUUCACACAGAGACAGACUCAAAGCAAUACUCUGUAACAACAGAAACAGCACCCAGAGACUCCCCGCCCUUUUGUUGUAUUAACAAUUGUGAUUAAAAUAGAGAUAGAGGAUGUAUGUGGAUGGAUGCUUGGUGUGGAUAAUAACUGAAUGAUCAGGGAGGUGCCAGCCUAAGAAUGCAGUGUCCAUGGGUUGAAGAAGGCGUCAAGUGGAAAUAACCAGAGGACCCCCGGAGGGCAGACUGGAAUCCACCCAACAGCCUCAAGAAUGAGAGAACCAAAGAACAAGACAACAUCUGGCAGCACGGAGCCCUCAGGAAAUGUGACAUCUGCUGAUUGAUUCAGCAACAGCAUGAUGAAGCAAUUCCCAUAUACUGGCAUAGGAAGAAAUUCCUAUAAAAAUGGACUCUAGAAAGUGAGAAUUUUGGGGGGUCUGAUUCUGCAAACCAACUUCCAGGAGCAUCAGAUGAGCAUCUGACAAGGCCCUGCUCCCUGCUCAUGUCCAGGCCACCUGGCCAGUGGCUUGGCAUGAGCAACUCUAAGGGUGGUAACUAUGAUAACAACCUUGCAGAACCUGUGUGUGUGUUUGUAUGAAUGAAUGUGUGAAUAAAUAUGAGACUGAAUGGAAUGUUAUAGCUAUAACUAACUGCUUACUAUGAUUCUUUCUGUAUUCACAAUAAAUGUGGUAUUUUGCUUUUUCCCCUUUUAUAAGAUCCUGCUGGUUUUUAUUUUAUUAGUAUAACAAGCACCCCUGAAUU